AUGAAGAUAGUGCGGCAUCUUCUACUGGUGGCUGUAGCCUGGUGGUUGCGACAAGGCGGCGCUCCCACCGUGGCUGGACAUUGUGCACGCAGGUGUGGGAGCAUGCCCAUACCUUAUCCCUUCGGGCUCGAACGCCAGUGCGUGAGGUCCGAAGAGUUUUUGCUCCAUUGCAAUAAGACCGAAGGGAGAGGUGGUCGACUACUGUUGGGGAAUUAUUCGAUACGCAGGAUCUCAGUCAGCGACUCGACCAUGGUCAUCAGACUCCCCGAACUAAACGACUGCUACAACGAGUCUGGCUCGCCAUUAAACACAAGCAAAAAUCUGUACAUCGAUCUAUCUUCAUAUUCACAGUACAGAUUCUCGGCCACCCGGAACGCCCUCACAGUCCUCGGUUGUGACACCUUCGCGGACAUGAACAUGACCGCGGCGGCCAACAAAGAUAAUAUUUCCCAGGGCGGCUGCAGUUCCUCCUGCAACGAGGACGUUGACUUGGCGUACGAGACCACUUGCUCUGGUAUCGGUUGCUGUCAAGCAUCCAUUCUGAGGGGGCUCGACAAGCUCCAAAUUAGAAUCGGCUCCUUCAACAACCGCAAGAAUGUAUUUUCAUUCAACCCCUGUGGAGUGGCCUUCGUGGGGGACAGAGAGUCAUUCAAUGUCUCCAGCGAGAGACUCCCGACCUUCAAUGAUUUGGGCAAGAGGUCGGACCUUGUUCUGGACUGGAUGAUCGGAUGGGACGUCACUUGCGCACAGGCCAAGUCGAACCAGUCGAGCUACGCCUGUGUCAACAACAGCACUCACUGUAACGAGUUCGCGGAUGGACCGGGUUACCGUUGCUUUUGCAAGCCUGGGUACGAGGGGAAUCCCUAUAAUCUCUCCCGCGGGUGUCAAGACAUCAAUGAGUGCGAGGACCCACAGAAACACUCAUGUCGUGGAAAGUGCAAGAAUCUGCCCGGGAACUACACAUGUGAGGUCGUUGAUAAUCGUCGCAAUAUAGUUGUUGCAACCUCGAUCACAUGGAAGUGGAGAAUUAGAAAGAUAAACUUUAGAAAAAAUGGAGGAAAGCUCUUGAAACAUCCAACAGUUCGAAUCUUUACGGAGGCAGAGCUAGCAAAAGCAACCAACAACUAUGAUGAAAGCAAGAAGCUGGGAGAGGGUGGUUUUGGUUCUGUCUAUAGAGGGAGAAUAGCAGUGGACAUGGAGAUCGUUGUCAAGAAGCCUAAAGAUGUGCACAAGCCUCUAAUGAAGAACAAAUUCCAAGAUAAACUUAAAAUCGUGAUACUAAAAAACCGCAAAAAUGUGGUGAAGCUCCAUGGCAUAUGUUUGGAGACUAGAAUACCCUUGCUAGUCUAUGAAUACAUUUUGAAUGGUACUCUCUUCAAACACAUCCAUCCGAAAGUGUCGACCAUCUUGAGCUCGUGGAAAAACCGGCUUAGAAUAGCUGUUGAAGCUGCUGUUGCACUCAAGGAAAUGCAUUUCGACGAAAUCAUUCAUGGCAACAUCAAGUCGGCGAAUAUACUUUUGGAUCAAAAUUACUCGGUGAAAAUAUCUGAUUUUGGAACUUCGGUACUUAUGUCACCGGAGCAUAGUCAUAUCGUAGCUACCGAAAUAGGAGGCACCUUAGGCUACAUUGAUCCGGAAUAUUUAACCACUGGUAAGCUAACAAUUAAGAGUGAUGUAUACAGCUUUGGAGCUGUCCUCAUGGAGUUGCUCACGGAAAAGGAGCCUACAACUUCUGUUACUGAUGAGUUUGGAGAUCCAAUCAAUAUUAUCCCUCAUUUCAUCCUUUCCGUGAAGAAAGGGACUCUCUCCAAUGUCAUAAAUUUUGAGGCCGCUAGUGAAGAUGAAAUCAACCAAGUAGAAACGGUUGCAAAGAUUGCAGUGAAGUGCUUGAACCAAAGCAGUAGGAAGAGGCCAACAAUGGGUGAAGUGGAUCAGCAACUAGCCCCAAUUAACCAGAGCUCGAUGGUUGCAGAAAACAUUUAA